AUGGAAAACGAAAAAAAUAUUUUAGAUGAAAUUUUUGAAUUUUUAUAUUCAAAAAACAAAAAGAUAAAAAAUGAAGAUAUACAGUUACUUAAAAAUGGCAUAAAGGAUCUUUUAAAGGAUGGAAACAACGAACAAAUUAUUUACCAAUUUCUUAAUUUAAUAUUAUUCACAAAAGAUGAAAAGUAUAUAAAAAAUAAUUUUUGUAAUUGUUUACGUAUAUUUUCUAAAUUGUUGAAUGAAAUAAAUAAUAAAAAUUUAAAAAAAAAUAUAUUUGAUUAUAUUUUAAAAAAAAUAGAUAAUGGUAGUAUUAGUUAUUUCGAUAGAGCAUUAAUAUGUAAAAGAUUUUUUUAUAUGUGUACCUUUUAUGAUACAUUAGAUGAGUUGAAAAACAAUCCAUCAUUUAAUAAUUUGUUUAUAAAUUGUUUAGCUUUCUUAGAUAGUUUAUUUUAUAGUAAUAAUAAAUUUAUUGAAUUAAGAAAUAAAUUUCGUAACAUAAAAAGAUGUAUUAUUUGUAAAUUAAUUACAAUUUUUAACAAUAUCUUUAAAAUGAAUAAAGAGAUAAAUGAAAAUGAGUAUAUAAAUAAACUUAAUGAAGACUUUGAAUAUAUUUUAAAUAAAUUUACAAAAGAUAAUUUUUUUUAUAUAAUUGUAGAAUCAUUUGGUUCAUUCAUGUAUAGCAAUAAUAAUAAUAAUUUAUUAAAUAGAGAAAAAUAUAUGGAAAUAUUUAUAAAUAGUUUUAGUAAUCACUUAAACUCAAGUGAAGAAAUAUCACUAAAAAUUAAUAGAUCAUUUAAAUUUUUUUUUAAAAAUAUAAAAGAUGAAAAAAUAUUGGACAUAAUAUUAAAACACAUUCAUAGAUUUGAUGAAGCAGCAUUAACGAACUCUACUGCAUUUUACUACUACAAUGAAUUAUAUAAUAAAGAUCAUUUUUAUGAUUUAUUAGAGAUUGUUAUAAAUGUAAAAAAAAAAAAAAAUAUUGAAAACAGUAAUUUAUUAUUUUUAAUCAUUUUACAUAAAUUUCAUACUAAUAAUGACAAUGAUUACAUAUUAAAAACUUUGUUUGAAAAUAAUAAAAAGUUAAAUAUUAUUAAAUAUAAUGAAAAAAUUAUAUUUUUAAGAAGUAUAAAAUAUUUACUAUCUACUAAUAAAAAGAAGGAAUUAAAAGAUAUUAUUAUUUCGAACAAAAAUAUUUUAACAAAUUAUUUAAAAAAUGAUUUAAAUGAAGAUGUUAAAUUAGAAUCACUAAAUUUUGUGAAAAGUCUGUGCAGCAUUUUUAAAAACGAUAAAGAUAUAUAUAAUGCUUUUUCUACCAAUGUUUUAGAAAUACUAGAAAAAUAUGGAAAAAAUAAUGAAAAAUUUUUAUAUUUUUGUUUAUUAUUUUAUUUAUAUUCUGUUCCUGUUAUAGAGAUAAAUGAAAAAAUGCUAGAAUCUUUUAGGUUUCACUUAAAUAUAUGUUUAACAAAACAAAUAUUAAAACAUUUGUAUGGUGUUAAUUUACUAUUAUUUUUAGUUAUAAAGAACAAAUAUCCAUCUAUCAACGUUAAUAAUUACAUAAAUGAAAUUUUACUUAAAAGUAUAUAUAACCAGAAUGAACUUUUUUAUUUAUUUGAUAAAAAUGAAAUAAAAAAAAUUCCUUUUGAUAAAUUCUUUUUUUACAUGUAUUCUCUUUGUUUAUUACUUCAUUUUAUAUAUAUAGAAAAUCAGAAAAUUAUUCUUGAGUACUUGAAUAAAAUAAACAGUGACUUUUUAAAUUUUAUUUUUCUUGAUAAUAUUGAAAAGGCAAAAAUACAAUUAUUAUUAAAUUUCAUUAAUAAUAGCAAUAAUAAAAAUAUAAAUUUAUCGCAAGUUAACAAAAAAGAAGAUAAAAAAAUAGAAAAAGAUGUACAAAAAAUAAAUAUAAACCAUUUGAAUAUGCUUUCUAUUCUUAUUAUAUUAUGUAUGCUUCAUUAUCUACAAAAAAAAAAUAACAAAAUGGAAUUAAAAAGAAGCAAAAACAAAAAUUGUGAGAAUUAUAUAUUAAGUUUAAAAAAAUAUAUAAGUAAUGACAAUUAUAUUGAAUACCAGAAUUUUGUAGAUGAUUUUGAUAUGCUUUUAGAUAUUUUAUUAAUUAAAAAAGACAUAUAUCAAUUAAUUUUGUAUAGUUUAUAUAACUAUUUAUUUAUUUACUGGAAUAACUCUCAUCUUCAAAAUACAAAUUCAUAUAUUUUAAGAAAAUUUCUUUUUUUUCUUUUUUCCUACUUGACAAAAAUAAAUUUUGAUAAUAAUGAAAAAAAAAAUUGUUAUACAUUGUUACUUCUAUGUUUUUGCCACCCUCAAAUAUUUUAUAAGAAUUUAACUAAUUCUAGAAGUAGAAAAAAAAUAAAAAAAUUUUUAUUAGACAAUAUAAUAAAUAAUGUGAAUUUUGAUAUAAUUAUAAGUUUUAUUUUAAAAGGUUGUGAUUAUUAUAACAAUAAAUUACACCAAAAUUUAUGCUUUAAUUUAAUUGAAAUUUUUUACAUUUUAGAAAAAAAAGAUACCUUUAUAUAUAAUGAAGAAUGUUUACAAGAUGGAGAAAAAAUAAAUAUUUCUCCUUAUACUGACAAUUAUAAUGUUGAAUUAUCUGAAAAUACAGAUACAAAUGGAUUAAUUGUAAUCAAAGAUAUUGAGAUUAAAAAAAAGUUAAUUUAUUUAACAAGUACAUUAAUAGAAAUGUUGGAUGAUAAAAACAUAGAAAAUAUAAAUGAUGAGGUAAUAGAGAUAUGUAAGUGCCCGUUCGACUUUUUAUAUGUAGAUAAAAAUGUUUAUCAACCAACCAUAGUAGUUGAAAAUAAAAAUAUAAAAAGAAAUAAACAUUUAGUUUCAACUUAUGGAGAAGAAACUGCAGAGUUAAUUAUGGAAGAACAGUUGAAUAAAAAUAAAAAAACAAAUAUAAACGAAACAAAAGAAAAAAAAAAUAAUAAAAAUAAAGGUAUGACAAAAGAAGAAUUAGAAAAGGAAGAAAUAAAAAAACAAAAUGAAAUUAGAACUAAUAUAUAUGAAAAAUUAGAAAGAAAUAAAUAUCUUUUAAAAUGUAUAAAAAAGAUGAGUUACAUUAAUGAUAUAUAUGAUACAAAAUAUAUAAAUUUAUUUAUAAAAAAAAUUAUGAUAUUUUUAAAGAAUGAUCUGACAUCUAGAUAUUCCCAGAAAUGUUUGAAUAUAAUAAUUAAUAAUAUGAUUAGUACAAAAUUACUAACAUGUAAAAAUAAAAUUACUAGAUGUUUAUACAAAAUAAGUAAAUAUAACAAAGCUGAUGAAACUGCUUUAAUGAUUUUUAGUUCAUUUAAUAUCAAUAAAAAAAUAUCUUAUGUAUUAACUCUGUUUUUAUUUCCAAUAGUUUUUCAUAGUAUUAACAUAAUAAAUGAUAAGAAUGUAACUUUAAAUAUAUUAAAAACAUUAGACAUAUUAUUGUAUUCAAAAACAAAAAUAAAUAACGAAGAUGCAUUAAAAUGCUUACAAAUUUCUUUUUUAAAAUACCCAGACCUUGAUAUAGAACUAGAAUCGUUUUUAGAUAACUUUAAUUCAUAUUUGUUAAAUAAAAAAAAUAUUAAAACACUUUUGGAACUUUGUAUAACAGAAAAUGAAAAACGUAGAAAUGUUAUAAUAAAAUCUUUACAUAAAUACAUAAAAAAUAAAGAAAAUACAGAUGCAAAUAUGGAAUUAUUUAAGCAUGAACUAAUAUAUAAUUACAUAAAUAUUUAUCAGAAUGAUGAUAAUAAAGAAACAAAAAAUUACUGUAAAGAAAUUAUAUCCAUAUUAAAUAUUCCAUGUGUAAGUGAUCAAUAUAAACUUAUAGAUUCAUUACAAAAAGAAUGCUUAGAUUUUCAAAAUAUGGUUUGCAAAACAAUUGUAAGAUCUACAAAAAAAAAAAAUACAAAGCAAUUAAUAAUACAAUUAACAUCGAAAUAUAUAACAUUUAAAGAAUAUGGAAAGAUAGGAAUAUUGAAAACACUGGAAUAUCUAUCUAAAUCAUAUUAUAUUACUAAUAUAGAUGAUGUUGAAUUGAUUUUAAAUUUUUUAUUAGGUUUAUGCUUAGAAGAAAAAAGUAACAUAGAUAAAAUAAAAGAAUAUGUUAUUAUAUGUGGUAGUUCAUUAAUCAAUUCACACAAUGAAUACCUAUUAAAACAUAAAAAAAAGAAGGAACAAAAAAAAAAUAAUAAUAAUAAAGAGAAAAUUAUUAAUAAUAAUUAUGAAUCAUCAAAUGACUGUAAUUCAGAAGAGUCUUUUUAUUUCUCUUCAGGUGAAUCGUCUAUAUCAAAUGAUAGUAUUUCUGAAAAAAAAAAUGAAAAAAAAUUGGGGGAAUCAUUCAAAAGAAUAUAUAAUGUUUUAAAUAAAUAUAGAGACAAUAAAAAGAGUAAACAUAAAAAUAUAUUAGAUUUAGUUGUCGUAAUUUUUUAUGGAUGUUUAGGUUCAAAUUUAAGAAAUGAGUCAUUAGAACUAUUAAACAAAUUAAUAGAACAAAUAUUACAUAAAGAAACGGACAAUUUUACACAAAUUGAGAUUAGUACAAUAAUACCCAAAUUUAUAGAAAAUUUAAAAAAUGAUAAAGAAACAGGAGAAGAAUUUAAUAAUAUAAAGGAGAGUAUUUCAAAUGUGGAAUGUACUAAUUUAAAUAGUAAUAAUAACAAAAAUGCAUUAUUUGAAUCUAAUGGAAAAGAUGAAAAUACACUAAAUAAAACAAAAGAAAAAAAUAAAAAUGAUAAAAAUGUUAAAUUAAACAAUAAUGAAGAAAUAAAUGGAAAUAUUCAAAUAAUUAAAAAAAGUAAAAAAAAAUUAAAAAAUGAAAAAGAAAAUUCCAAUAGUUUAAUUUACUUAGAAAGUUAUGAUGUAGAUAGUUUACUAGAUAAAUUGUUUUAUAUAAUUUUUAAUAAUAAAGAGUUAAAAAUAAGAAAAGGAUCUUGUCUAUUGUUAGGUAGUGUUAUAAAAGCACAUGGUAUAAAUCUAUUAAAAAAACAUAAAAUAUUAGAAAAAGUAAAUUCUUAUAUUCAUUCAGAAGACAUUAUUAAAAGACAAAGUUUCUAUUUAGCAUAUGGAUGUUUAUUUAAAGUAUUAAAAUAUAAAUUUGAGCCAUAUAUAUUAAAAAAUUUUAAAUUAUUAUUAGAAUGCUAUAAAGAUAAUGUAAACAAUAUAAAAGUUUUAGGAAUUAGUAUUAUUGAAGAAAUCCUAAAUGAUUUAAGUCAAUAUGGUAUGAAAAAAAUUUUACCAUUUAUUACCCUGAAUUUAAAAAAUUCUAGUAUUAAAAAUAAAGAUAUAAUUUCAUAUUUAGACACACUACACUUAAUAAUUUCGAAGUUUGAUUUAUUUAAUUACAUUGAUAAUUAUGUGUUAGUAGAUUUGAUCAACUUACUAUGUGAAUUAGUAGCAGAGACUAAUACGAAAGUAAAAGAAAUAUGUAUUAAAAUUUUUAAUAAAUUAGAAAAAAUGAUUCCUAAUAAUGAAAUAAAAAAUAUAAGUAGACAGUUGUUAUUAUGUAUUUAUUCUCCAAAUGAUGUUCAUUUAAAUGAUUUUUUAGAUAUAUUUACUUCCAUAUCAUUUGAAUUUAAAAUUGAUAAUAUUUCUUUAUGUUUGUUAUUUCCAAUAAUUAAAAAAGGUAUUAAUAAUAUAAGAUUAGAAAUAAAAAAAAAAUCCUUACAAAUAUUUUUUUUCCUAAUAUAUCUAGUUCAAGAUCAUUCAUUAUUUAUAAUUUAUUACAAUAAUAUAUUUGAGACCCUAAUAAUUUUAUUAAAUGAUGCAAUACCUGAUAUAAGAUAUCUUACUGCAAAAUCAAUAGGAAAUAUUAGCCAAUAUUUAGAUAUGAACCAGAAAUUAUUUUAUAUCCAAUAUAUUUUUAAUAUUCUUAUAAAUACAACUUCUUCUGUUGAAAAAAGUGGAGUUGCAUUAUGCUUAUCUUCAAUUUUGUCUAAAUGUUCAGAAAAUAUUGCAGAUACAUUUAUAUCUAAAAUUAUACGUCUAAUAGAUAUAAAGAAGUAUAUUGAAAUAAAAAAUAAACAAACCAAAAAGAAAAAACAUAAUGAUUUCAUAAAUAAAAUUGAAAAAAAAAAUGAACAUAAAAAAAAAAGCAAUAAGCAAAAAAUGUAUGGUAAUAAGCAACUGGUGAAACAAAUAAAACAUGAAAAGGAAUAUACAGAAGAGGAUGAGGAAGAAGAAGAGGAAGAGGAAGAAGAAGAGGAAGAGGAAGACGAGGAAGAAGAAGACGACGAAGAAGAAGAAGAGGAAGAGGAAGAUUAUGAAGAUGAGGAUGAGGAUGAAGAAGUUGAUAGUGUUUAUAACGAAGAUGAAGUUGAAGACGAAAAUGAAGAAGAUAAUAGUGAUAAUAAUGAGGAAUCUUAUGAUUUCGAAGUAGACGAGGAUGAUUAUGGAAUAUAUGAUGAUGAGGAUGAAGAAAUUAAGGAAGGAUAUUAUAAAGACGAUGAUGAUGACGAUGAAGAUGAUGAAGAGGAAGAAGAAGAUUAUGAAGAAUAUAAUGAUGUAGAAAGUGAAAGUGAUUCCUCAAUUUAUAAAAAUAAUGAAAUAAAAUAUGAUUAUUUAAAUGGCUAUUAUUUAAUAAAAAAAAAUGAAAAUGAUGAAUAUCUCAUAAAAAUAGAUGAUAAUUUAAUAAACUGGAGAUUAAGAUAUGAUAAAAAAGUUAUAAAAAAUGGAAGCGCAAAAGAAGGAUUAAUUGGAUUUUUCAUAUAUAUGCCAGAAUGUGAACAAAAUUAUACAGAAAAAUUUUUAAAAAAUAUUUUACAAAAACUUAUGUUAUGUCUAAAUGAUACUAAUGAAAAAAUAAGAGAUAUUUCUUUAAGGGCAUGUAAGGUUCUUAUUGGUAUUUACUCGAAGAAUAAUACUUCUUUAAUUUUAAGAAAUAUUGAAAAUAAAAUUUAUAAUAAUUACUGGAGAUUAAGAAAAGAUUGUGUUAUUUUAUUAAAUAUAUUAAUUGAAAAAAAUUUAGAAAUAAAUAAGGAAGAAAAAGAUAUAGAAUUAUUACAUAUAUUACAUGAAAGGUUUUAUUUUAUGUUAUCAUUAAUAUGCAUUAUGAAAAAUGAUAAAAAUAUGAAUGUAAGACAAGCAGCCUAUAAUAUAUAUAAAAAUUUUGUAAAUAAAAGAAUAUUACAAGAAAUGUGGCCUAUAUUAUUAAAAAAAAUUACUCAAAAUUUAUCUUCUAAAAAUAAUUUUAAACAGGUAAUUAGUGCACUAUCCUUAGGUGACUUAGUUUUUAAAACGGAUUCUUCUUCUUUAGAAUCCAUUUUAGAAAACAUGAUUAAAGAGUUUAAAACUACUAAAUAUAUUUCUAUAAGAAAAGGUAUAUCACUGGGAUUUUAUGAAAUUUUUUCUAAAAACAAAUUUGAUAAUUUAAUUGUUAGUCAUAUUCAUAAUAUUAUUUAUAUGAUUAAAGAAUUAGCUUAUCAUAAAAAUACAUCGGACAAAAUAAAGAUGUUGUGUUCAUUAUUAAGAAAUAUCGAUCUGUCCAUCUUGAAAAAUAUUAUAAGUGACAUUUUUAACAAUGUUCUUACACAUUCUCCAAACAGUUUAAGAGAUUUCAGUUCUAAACAGCUUAUUAAUUUUAGAAGUAUAAAAAUAUUCUUAAAUGUUCAUACAGAUUUAGUUCUAGAUUUCAUAUUAGAUAACGCAUUUAAACCACCCUAUAACAUUGCUAAAUUAAAAUUAUUAUCAUAUAUUUCAUAUGUAAAAUUAAGUACGUAUAAAAAUCUAUUCACUAAAAUUCUGAAAAUAUUUAUUAAUUUAAUUUUAUACAAUUCGUUACAUUCAAAAGAUGAAUACGAUAUAAAAAAUUAUUCAGCUAUUAUUUCCAGCUAUAAAGAAGAAAGUGAGAAUGACAAGAAAAAUACUGCAUCUAUAGAAAAUAUAAAAAAUAAAUCAGAUGAAGAAUUCACUAAAGAAGAAAAUAAAACAAAUAAUUUUUGUGAAUAUUUUUAUAAAGUUCAAAUAAAUAUGCAAGAUAUAUCAAGAUGCUUGAAAGAUUUUCUAAAGUAUAUUAAUGAAAAAAAUAUUGACACAUUUACUGAGAUAAUAUUCGCAGAAUUGAAGAAAUAUUCCAGUAAAAUAGACUUAUCAUAUAAUACAUUAUGUAAAUAUGAAAAUGAUUUAAAAAUUGAAGGUACUAACAAUAUAGAUUUAAUGAAAAAUUGUUCAAUAAUAACAGACCCAAAUAAAUUAAAAGAAUUGAAUAUAUUCGAAUAUAAAGAAGACAAUGGAAGAAUUAGAGAAAUAAUUUUGUCAAUUUUUAAGUAUUUAUUAGACAUAAUAAAUGAAGGAGACAUUUCUUUAAUUACCAAUGAAAAUAUUGCAUCGACUCACGAUAACAGUACAAUAGAUCAAAAUAACAAUAUGAACAAAAGGAAAAAAAUAAAUAAAAAAAUUAAUUUACUAAACAUACAUAGAAUAACAUUAUAUUUAAAUUCUUUAUCAAAUUAUGUAUUAUUUGAUAUAAAUAGAAAUGUAUUAGAAAUUUCAUCAAUUAUUUAUAUUUAUUUAAUUGAAUUAAUCAAAAAAUUAGAUAAUAAUUAUACUUAUAUUGAUUUAUUUCAUAGUAUUAUAAAUAAAUAUUGUACCGAUAGUAAUUUAAAAGAAAUACCUGAUGAUAAAUAUGAAAUAGUAGGUUUAAAUAUGAGCAAACAAUUAUUUGCUUCUUUCAUAAAUAUGUUUACCAAUGUAAUUUUAUUAUCAACUAAUUCAGAGAUAAAAAUUAAAACAAUAGAUAUAUUAAGAAAACUGUUUGUUUAUACAACUACUGAAAUUUCAAAUUUAUUUAUUUUAAAAAUCUCAGGUAUAUUAAUACGUAUAUUAACUAAUAAAUACAUAGAACAAGCAAAAUAUUAUAUUUUUUCAACUUUUGAAGUGUUAAUUAAAAAAGGAAGUAAUUAUAUAAAACCGUUGAUACCCCAACUUCAGACAUGCAUAAUUAAAUCACUAAAUAAUGAAAAACUAAAAAAUCAAAUUAUUCAUAUUUUAAAUAUUAUAUCAGAGAAAAAAUUGUCAAAAGUAGAUUUGCUUAUUAAUGAUUUAUUAAAUAAUAUUAAUACGCAAGUUAAUAUACAAACAUCAGUAACUAUAUUAAUGAUAUUGUCUAAUAUUUUAAAUACUACAGAUGUUAAUAUAAAAAAUAUUUUAAAUAAAAUUAUAAAUUCUAUUAAAACACUCUUCAAUCACAAUAAUAAGGAAGUAUCUUUUUAUUCAUGCAAAAUAUAUAUAUUGCUAAUUUUUUUUCAUAUCCAAAAUAAAAAACAAUAUUUAGAAAGCGUUUUAUCAUUAAAACAUACUUUGGACAUUAGUACUUAUUAUUUUAUGUUACACAUUAGUGAGAUAAAUAAUUUUUAUGAUAUUUUGAAAAAAGAUAAUUUAUUAGAUACAUUUAAGCAAUUAUAUAUACAUAUGCUAAAGGAUGAAAUAAAUAGCUUACAAAUAAUAUGCUAUCAAAUAUUCUUUAAUCUAUCAAGAUACAAUGAUGAUUGUUUAUUGUUUAUUUAUAAUAUUGUCAACUAUUUAAAAUUACCACCAUUAAUUAUGAUUUCCAUUGAUAUACAUAGAUAUUAUUUUAAAGGAUUGAAAAACAUUUUUAAGAAAAAAGCUAACAUAUAUAAAGAAAAUAUAUCAAAUUUUUUUAUUAUUAUAGAUAAUAUAUUCCUAGCAUUAUUUAAUACUUUACCUGUUUUUAAAUCAUUGGGAGAAAGUUGUACUAAAUAUGUAUUAGAAAUAUUUGAUGAAAAUCAAUAUAAAACAAAAAUAGAUUUAUUAAAGGAGAAAAUGGAAACAAAAAAAUACAACCAGUUACUUGAAUAUGUAAACCGUGUUUUAAUUAAAAAGCGUAAUAUUACGUCAGACUCAGAAUAA